AAAGGCUACGCAGAAAGAGCGCAGCGCAUCGCUCUCGCAGCCGCCGUCUUUGACGAACAGGGGAGGAUUAUGGUCACGCCCGAUGUCUUUUUGCCGAGCGAGGUGGUCACCUGCACCUUCUUGCAAAAGGUGCGUUGCGAGGAAUCCCAACCGCUUGCUCUCGGCCCUGUUUAUUUUAUAGGUAAUUUCUCUGACUGGGAGGGAAUUCUUGUAGACUCGGGCCGCCACAUUUUCGACCGCUCACCCGCUAUUCCAUUGGCUAUUUCAAGCGUCCCGGAAUUGGCCCGUCAUAUCCGCUCUUCUCGACAAGAUGAGCCAGCAUCUCUCCCGCCUACCGCACACCGGGCGCAACGUGAGGACUGGUAUCGAGCUGGUCGAUAAGGACGGCCACAUCAUAGACAACUACGACAUCGUCUUCUGCGAGCUGUUUUGUCUUGCCGCUUCCGCUCUGGCCUUACAGAUGAACGAGGAUCUGGCCGACGCCGGAAUUCUCUGGGACGAGAUCAUGGCGACGGGCGGACACUCGGCGGCGAACCCCGUCGGCCAGCCGUCAACGGCAACAAUGAAUGGCUCCUCGUCCAGCUUCAAUCACGAGCUCGACGACCUGGCCGAAAGGGGGAUUGUCAGGUCUGUCAGGCCGGUCAGGAGGAGCGGUCACGGCCACCUCAUGUUCCUGGUCCGCAGAGUGGACAGCAGCCAGGUCGAUCACUUGGCCGCCUCUGGCUACUGCUUCGCCGAGCCCCGUCACGUAGCCCAUAUGAUCCGCUCCAAGAUGCAGAUCCGGACCAACGGGCUGGUGGACAAGUUCAGGGCAAUGGAGCGCUACGCCCGCGGUGUCAUGCUCGAGCCGGGCGUCCACGUCGGCCUCUUCGCGGUCAGGACCCGGGUUCACCAUCUGGGAUUCGAUGUGCUCGUGAGGAAGCUGGCGCGCAACCUGCUCCCGAGCAUGGAGCUGCCACUGGAACGCCUCGAAACAGCCGAUCUCAGCCUGCUCCGCCGCCUAGAUGGCACGACCUUGGGUGUCCUCCAACGGCAACUCGAACGUGUCAACAAUCACCUACCGCGCGAAGCAAAGUUUGCCAGCCUCUUGCUCGACGCAAUUCGCAACCUCCAGAACUCGGUUCAGGACCCUGUCUUUGCCAGCGCAAAGCUAGUGGCCAAACCUUUCCCCGUCCCCUGCACGCCGCCCUCCAACGAUUCGCGGCCGACGACCUGCUUCUUCAUCGCCUUCACCAUCAUGAUUCCCAUUCACCUGCGCGUGGAGGCGCCCGCCUAUGACUUUAUCCCGCUCCCCUUCUUCAAGACGCAGCAGCUCGUGUACAAGAACUCCCCUCACAAGGCCGCCUUUGCGCGCUCCGUGCACCGCAACCUGUCGCCAAUCCUGAACUCGGUCCCCCCCACCCCCGACAGCGCCCUGUUUCCCACCAACCGGUUGCCAUCAUUCAUCCCGAUACCCCGCUGGCUCCGGCUCUCCGAGUCGCGCAUGUCAUCUCAGGGCAGGGCCCCCGCCGAGGUUUCCUCGGGCGCUGUCAGGCUGGGUUCGCCUGGCGCAGAGCACGUAGCGCUGACGCCUUGCAACGAGAGCGUCUCAUCCUUGUUGUGCGAGAACGGCGGGGACGCGGACAACAACAAUAACAAUAACAACAACAAUAAUAACAACAACAACCCCGUAUCGGAGCGCAGGGCACGGAGCGACAUGCCCGACCACUCCGCCGUCGGGCCGGUGUCACGGAGGUGGAGGCGGCGGCAGAAGCAUUGUCCGGGCGCGUCGUCGUGCGGGGGCAUCAUGAUCUCGCAAGAAGUCAUGGUCAACGUAGAGGAGGAGGACGAGGAGGAGCGGGAACGGAGGCGGGCCCACGACGACGACGACGACGACGACGACGACGACGACGACGUACCAGGCACGCCCGCGCCGACACACAACACCAACCAUCACGACUCGUCCGAGAGCGGCGAGCCUCCUGGAUUGAGGCGCCAGAGGAGCCAACGAGCGCUUUCUGAUAUGCACGACGAGGCCCGUGCCAAGAAACCGCCCAAGCAGGGCGACAACAUCGAGCGCAAAUCCGUCUCGAAAGCUCUGCGCGUGGGCGUUUCAAGGGCGGAUGUUACGAAAGGGCAGGACGAUAGGAUAACGACGUUCGUUGAUGACAUGUUCGCGAUUUGUAUAGAUUCUGCUCGAAAGAUGUAAUAAUUACAUUUUGGAAUGUAAUUACCUUAGUAUGAUAUCCUAUAAUAUCUCAUCUCGAAUCAUAUCGGUUAUUGUGUGAUACGGAAAGCGAACUACAAGUCUCUUCUAUAACUGCUAGUUACUGGUGAUGGUGGUGGUGGUGGUAGUAGUGGUAGUGGGGGUGGAGGAAGGAAGCGAAGGCUGACUGGGG